AUGAAGGCCGAAUGCACAGUUGUAACCACUCCCACCUCCGAUACUCCCGGGACAUGCAUUCUACUCCACUUUGACGCCAAACGCUACCUUCUCGGUCAUAUCGGGGAAGGAGCUCAGCGGGCGUUUAUCGAACGGACAAUAAGACUUACCAAGAUAUCCGACAUCUUUCUCUCUGGCCGUACAGAAUGGAAAACUACUGGUGGAUUGGUUGGACUUAUAUUAACUAUGGCGGAUCAGGAUGCGGCGAAACUUUCAGAUAGCCUUAACAAUCCUCGAGGGGCAGCAAAGAAGAGAAAAAGUCCUAAGCGAAAAGGAAUUACGGUUCACGGUGGGGAGAAUCUACUACAUAUGCUUGCCACUACACGGCCGUUUGUUUUCAGGAGAGCGAUGAACCUAAGGUUGAGUGAGGUUCCAGUGGUCAAGAAUGUUCAGGGUAGGAAGGAGCAAGCUGUCGGGGCACCAUACUUCAGGGAUGAAAAUCUGAUUGUCCAUGCUAUGCAAAUCCACUCGGAGGAGGGCCUCAAGGAACCGGAUGAAGAGGUCGAGGCAGGGAGCCCGUCGGAGGUGGAGAAGGUUGAUGUUGGGGCUGCUAGGAAGCGCUCCUUCGCUGAUUUUACCAACCUUGAGAAACAACGGGAUACAAUUCUCCGUAGUGUGGUAGAGAACAUGUUUUGUUCUGACUGGAGCAUGGACACAAUGAUUGAAGGAGAUCCACUUGACGCUCCCGAGCCUUCUGCUGAUACUCUUGCCGAAUCGCUGCCUGCACCUUCACGUCCUGAUAUGAGUAGAAGCAGAAGCACCAGCCCGCCAAAACGGCCAAAGCCUACUCCGGAACGAGACCCAAAUCUCUCAACAACCCUCCCACCAUUGGGAAAGACGAGAGCACCUUGGCCAGCGUCAACUAUUCGCUCACUCCCACGGUCGCGUCCCACCCGUAUUGCUCUGUCAUAUAUUGUAACACUACAUCCUCAGCGUGGUAAAUUCCUUCCCACCAAGGCCAUGGAGCUAGGUGUCACUCCCGGCCCAGACUUCAGCCGAUUGACAGCAGGCCAAGCAAUCACGACUCCUAGCGGAAACGUCGUACAGCCUGCCGAUGUGAUGGAACCAAUGAAGCCUGGAACCGGUGUUGCUGUUUGUGACUUACCGGACACGAGCUACGUCAAAGAUUUUCUCGCAAGAGAGGAGUGGGAAAAUACUGAGAAGGUUAGAACCGAAGUCGGAUGUUUCUUCUGGAUCCUCGGGCCCGGAGUCUCUGCAGAUGAGAGACUCCGGAGUUUCAUGAAGCAAAUGGAGCAUUCCAAACACAUUGUCAGUGCUCCGGACGUCUGCCCUAACGCAAUCACAUUCAAAGGGGGCGCGAAAUCGUCUACAAAGUUGAAUUUGCUGGAUGAGGGUUUCUUUCCCGUGCCUUAUUUCACUGAUGGGGCACCCUCCCAGGUGGACGAAUUUAUGGAACCUGCGAAGCCUGGAAUGGUCUUCAGAAUUGAGCCAAGGUGGGAAUUUGACACUGAAGCCAUCGAAUCUCCUUUUAGUAGGGAUGCUAUCUUGCUGGAAACAGAGCCCGCGUACAUCGAGUUAGCAAAGGUAGCUCGCGAAGGCAAUGUUAAGAAUCCCGGGGAUGAUUCUCCAUGGAAAGAUGUAGAAGUUAUUACCUUGGGCACUGGCUCGGCACUCCCGAGCAAAUACCGCAACGUUUCUGCAACUCUUGUUAAGGUUCCUGGGGCCGGUAGUAUUCUGUUGGAUGCAGGCGAAAAUACCUUAGGACAGCUUCGCAGACUGUACGGUCCCACGGAGCUCAAAACAGCCCUAAGGGAUUUAAAAGCACUCUAUAUUUCUCACCUCCAUGCCGAUCAUCACCUUGGCACCGUAGCGGUCUUAAAAGCGCGGUACAAUGAGGUUUACUCAUCCGACAUGUGUGAAGCGAACCAACUGAUAAACAUUGUUGCUCCCUGUAAGUUCCUUGUCUGGCUCCGAGAAUAUGCCGAUGUGGAAGAAUUUGGUUUUUCCAAAAUCCGAUUCAUCAGUUGCGAGGACCUCCUCAAGAAGAACCAAGGUUCGCCUCGUAAUAUCGCCGCUCAUCUUCUUACUGAGGUCCUUGAUUCCCUAUCCAUGGCCUCAAUUCAAAUCUCUCGAGCAGUUCACUGUCUGGACUCUUUCACUACUUCCUGGACCUGGAAAAAUGGCUUCAAAAUUGCUUACUCGGGGGAUACUCGUCCUACGGAGGGCUUUGUUGAAAUCGGCCAGAACUCAAUAGUCCUUCUUCACGAAGCAACGUUCGACGACGAGCUCCUUCCAGAAGCAAUUGCCAAGAAACACUCUACCACCAGCGAAGCUAUCAACGCAGGAAAGGAGAUGGGCGCGAAAAACAUCAUUCUCACGCAUUUCAGUCAACGGUACCCGAAGUUGCCGAUUUUGAGUGCUGCGGAGGAGGGCGGGCCGGAAGUGCUUGUCGCGUUUGAUCUUUGUAGGGUCAGGCUUGGAGAUGUGAAGAGGUUCGGGACUUUUCUACCUGCGUUGAGGGAGUUGUAUGAGGAGGCCGAGGAGGAGAAAAUUGAGGGGGAGGAGGGGGGGGAGGGGGAGGAGGAGGAACCGGCGGCUGAAGAGAAGAAGAGGAAGGGCAAAGUGGGUAAAGCUGGGGGAAAUAAACCUGAGGGAAAUAAGCCCGAGAAGAAGAGCAAAAAGAGAGAAUAAGGCGGUGGUUAUUGACUCUCGCUCCCUCUCGUGAGUAAAUAAAUAGAAUGUGUGUAACCUGUCGAAAUACAUUAUUCUAGAACUAGUAAAUAUAGCACUCUAUACAUAGGUGGAAACUAAAAGUUUGCAUACCUGCCGCAAUAAUGAUUUCUACGCCUAUCUUAAUGGAA